UAAAAUGCAAAAGGCCCCUUCGAGCGUUAACAAGAAGGUGAAAUCUUAGCGAAAACCCUAUCGGGAUUGCGAAGGGAACCUCAGAAAAUCAGUAGCCUUCAGUCGAGAUGGAUUUCAAAUAAGAGUGGAAAAGUUGUGUUUCAUUCCCUUGUAGUGGACGGGUCAGUUAGGUCAAGAUGACAUUGUAUAGAAGUUUCGCCUGAAGUACUGGACUUGGCAGUUUUUUGGUGGAUCCUUAAGGGAUUGAAAAUAUAGCACAAGUUUAUUGAGCGUAGUUUUUGUGGAUUCUAGAGGAAUAUAUUUCGUAUUGAUAUUUUGUGAUCGGAAAAGUACAUACGGUUGUUACCUUGGAAAGGGAUUUUUUUUUAUUGUGAAGCAAUUUGUGUUGUGUAAUCAAUUUUAUGUGAAAUUCGAUGAACGUGGUAACUGCAGCGAAUAUUCUUAUAUAAAUAUUGUUUACAAAAUAUAAUUCAAGUUAAAUUUAGUUAAAAUGUGAAAAGUACAAAAUGCCCAGAAGAAAGAUUGUGUGACUAAUGCUAAGUUAGAUAAAUUAAAAAUUGCGUUGCAAUGUCGCAACCAGCUGGUAAGAAAGGUGGUGCAGGUGGCAAGGGACCGCCAAAGAAGCCAGGCACCGGCGAUGAUUCAGGACCAAGUGAGCGGGCAACGCCAGCAAGUAAAAGUGAUAGUGAAACCAGAGAUGAAACGUCCAGUAAUGGGGAUAAGAAGGAGGUUAAGCCCGGAGAGGAAGCGCCCCCACCCAAGCCACAGAGUGCUGGCGCUUCGGUACGGGAUGCUGCCAAUAAAGUUCUGGCAUUGGCAAUGAAGGCAGAAUGGACACCAGUCGAUCAAGCUUUGAAGGGUUUGGAAAAGUAUGUCAGCAAUGUAGGGGAAGAUGGAAAUCAUACGCCGCUGGCUGGAGUGCUAGACCCGGCGACCGGUAUGACGCCGUUGAUGUAUGCUACAAAGGACAACCGAACAACACUCAUUGAUCGUAUGAUAGACCUUGGAGCUGAUGUUGGUGCUAGAAAUAAUGAUAACUACAAUGUCCUUCAUAUUGCUGCCAUGUACUCACGUGAGGACGUCGUUAAAUUGCUGCUGAACAAACGUGGAGUUGAUCCAUUUUCCACGGGUGGGUCUCGUGCACAAACAGCUGUCCAUUUGGUGGCGAGUCGACAGACAGGCACUGCAACAAGUAUUCUACGUGCUUUACUUGCAGCUGCUGGAAAGGAUAUUCGCUUAAAGGCCGACGCUCGAGGAAAGAUCCCUUUACUGCUGGCGGUGGAGGCUGGGAAUCAGUCCAUGUGCAGGGAAUUGCUCUCAUCACAAACGGCUGAACAAUUAAAGGCAACUACAGCAAAUGGCGACACAGCCUUACACUUGGCUGCGCGGCGGCGUGACGUGGACAUGGUGCGGAUUCUGGUGGAUUAUGGGACCAAUGUUGAUACCCAAAAUGGAGAGGGUCAGACGCCGUUGCAUAUAGCAGCAGCCGAAGGUGACGAAGCCCUAUUGAAAUAUUUUUAUGGGGUUCGAGCUUCAGCGAGUAUAACAGACAAUCAAGAUCGAACACCAAUGCAUUUGGCCGCAGAGAAUGGCCAUGCCCACGUAAUAGAAAUCCUUGCGGACAAAUUCAAGGCUAGCAUCUAUGAGCGGACGAAAGAUGGAAGUACGCUGAUGCAUAUAGCGUCCUUGAAUGGACAUGCAGAAUGUGCCACAAUGCUCUUCAAAAAGGGAGUCUAUCUUCAUAUGCCAAAUAAGAAUGGUGCCCGAAGUUUGCACACGGCUGCGCGGUACGGCCAUACGGGAAUCAUCAAUACGCUUCUACAGAAAGGCGAAAAAGUUGACGUGACAACAAACGAAAAUUAUACAGCGUUACAUAUAGCAGUUGAAUCAGCAAAGCCGGCAGUUGUAGAGACCUUACUAGGCUACGGAGCUGAUGUUCAGAUUCGAGGAGGUCCCCUUCGGGAGACAGCCCUCCAUAUAGCAGCUCGUGUAAGAGAUGGUGACAAAUGUGCUCUGAUGUUACUCAAGUCCGGAGCUGGACCAAAUAUCAGCACUGAAGAUGGACAUACGCCCGUGCAUGUGGCUGCGAGCUACGGAAACCUGGCAACCUUAAUGCUCCUUCUCGAAGACGGAGGCGAUCCCCUUUAUAAAUCUCAUACUGGAGAGACUCCACUUCAUUUAGCUUGUCGAAACUGUCAUCCCGACAUCGUCAAACAUUUAAUAGAAGCAGUCAAAGAAAAAUAUGGAAGCGAUACAGCGACCAGUUACAUAAACACUGUGAACAAUGAUGGAGCUACUGCGCUGCAUUAUGCAUGUCAGAUAACAAAAGAAUAUGUUAAGAUCCCGGAGUCCGAUAGAGAUAUAGUGCGAAUACUAUUAGAGAACGGAGCCGAUGUGUCGAUUCAGACAAAGCUUACUCAUGAAACAGUCUUCCAUUACUGUGCCAUGACUGGAAACAACGACGUUUUGAUGGAGAUGAUCACGCAUAUGAAUCCUACAGAUAUUCAAAAAGCUUUGAAUCGACAAUCUUCAAUUGGCUGGACGCCUCUUCUCAUAGCUUGUUACAGAGGACACAUGGAACUAGUUAAUAAUCUCCUAGCAAACCACGCCCGAGUAGAUGUUUUUGAUACUGAAGGCAGAUCCGCUCUUCAUCUAGCAGCCGAAAAGGGUUACCUGCAAGUAUGCGACGCGCUCCUGACAAACAAAGCCUUCAUUAAUUCCAAGUCCAGGGUUGGAAGAACUGCGCUCCAUUUAGCAGCUAUGAAUGGCUACACCCACUUAGUGAAGUUUUUAAUUAGAGACCAUAACGCCGUUAUAGAUAUUUUAACUCUAAAGAAACAAACUCCCCUUCAUUUAGCAGCGGCCAGUGGCCAAAUGGAAGUUUGUCAGCUUUUACUAGAAUUAGGAGCGAAUAUAGAUGCAACAGAUGAUCUCGGACAAAAGCCCAUUCACGUUGCUGCCCAAAACAAUUAUUCUGAAGUUGCCAAAUUAUUUCUUCAGCAGCAUCCAAGUUUGGUAAAUGCAACCAGCAAGGAUGGAAAUACAUGUGCCCAUAUAGCUGCAAUGCAGGGAUCUGUCAAAGUGAUAGAAGAACUCAUGAAAUUUGAUCGAACUGGUGUGAUCUCAGCGCGAAACAAGCUAACAGAUGCCACGCCACUACAGCUUGCUGCUGAAGGUGGUCAUGCGGACGUUGUUAAAGCUUUAGUUCGAGCCGGGGCUUCAUGUACAGAUGAGAAUAAAUCAGGUUUCACGGCGGUACAUUUGGCUGCUCAGCACGGUCAUGGCCAGGUUUUGGACGUUCUAAAGAGCACCAAUUCCUUAAGGAUAUCUAGUAAGAAACUUGGACUGACACCACUUCAUGUGGCAGCCUAUUACGGUCAGGCUGAUACGGUCCGUGAGUUACUCACUAGCGUUCCUGCUACGGUCAAAUCCGAAACGCCAACGGGACAAUCACUUGUUCCUGAAUUGGGAUCAGAGUCUGGAAUGACACCAUUACAUUUGGCUGCAUAUUCUGGAAAUGAAAAUGUUGUACGAUUGCUGUUGAAUAGUGCUGGUGUACAAGUUGAGGCAGCUACUACGGAGAAUGGAUACAAUCCACUCCAUCUAGCCUGCUUCGGUGGUCAUAUGUCAGUGGUUGGAUUACUUCUAAGCCGUUCCGCUGAACUCCUCCAGAGCGUUGAUCGCCAUGGCAAGACCGGUUUGCAUAUUGCUGCUAUGCACGGCCAUUACCAAAUGGUGGAGAUUCUAUUGGGUCAAGGCGCGGAAAUUAAUGCAACCGAUAAAAAUGGUUGGACGCCACUGCAUUGUGCUGCCAAAGCAGGACAUUUGGAUGUUGUAAAACUUCUGAGUGAAUCGGGUGCCUCGCCGAAAACCGAAACAAACUAUGGAUGCGCACCUAUCUGGUUUGCGGCAUCUGAAGGACACAAUGACGUUUUGAAAUAUCUUAUGCAUAAGGAGCAUGAUACCUAUGCCUUAAUGGAAGAUAAGAGAUUCGUCUAUAAUUUGAUGGUUGUAUCGAAAAACCACAACAAUAAGCCGAUACAGGAGUUCGUAUUGGUCUCACCGGCUCCUGUUGAUACUGCUGCCAAACUAUCAAAUAUUUAUAUCAACUUAUCAACUAAGGAAAAAGAAAGGGCCAAGGACCUCAUUGCUGCUGGUAAACAGUGUGAAGCUAUGGCUACCGAACUUUUGGCCUUGGCAGCCGGUUCUGAUUCGGCGGGAAAGAUCCUAACAGCAACCGAUCGAAGGAAUGUUGAGUUUUUAGAUGUUUUAAUAGAAAAUGAGCAGAAAGAAGUCAUAGCUCAUACAGUCGUACAAAGAUAUCUUCAGGAACUCUGGCGAGGAAGCCUCACGUGGUCAAGCUGGAAAAUCCUCCUCCUUCUGCUCGCUUUUGUAGUGUGUCCGCCAGUCUGGAUUGGAUUUACAUUCCCACUGGGUCAUAAGUUCAACAAAGUUCCAAUCAUCAAAUUCAUGUCAUACUUGACAUCACACAUUUAUCUGAUGCUGCAUCUGUCAGUAGUUGGGAUCACGCCAAUUUACCCGGUACUGAGGCCAAGCUUGAUUCCGUACUGGUAUGAGUGGGGAUUGCUCAUCUGGCUGAGUGGUCUUCUUUUAUUUGAACUGACCAAUCCAAGUGACAAGUCCGGAUUAGGAUCAAUCAAGUUAUUAGUCCUCCUGUUUGGGAUGGCUGGAGUAGGUGUACAUGUUGCUGCGCUGAUUUUCGUCCAGAAGGAGUAUUGGCCAACUUUAAUAUACUGUCGGAAUCAAUGCUUUGCGUUGUCAUUUCUAUUGGCAUGCGUGCAGAUUCUAGAUUUUUUAUCAUUCCAUCAUUUAUUCGGACCAUGGGCAAUUAUUAUUGGCGAUUUGCUUAAGGAUUUAGCCAGAUUUUUGGCGGUUUUGGCAAUUUUUGUUUUUGGGUUUUCCAUGCAUAUCGUCGCAUUGAAUCAAUCAUUUCAUAAUCUAACACCUAGCGAAGUUCGAAGUUUACCGAAGGAUUCUAGAAACGCUCCGUUAUUUGGAGACGUUCGGAUGAAUCCGAUUGUUGCUUUCGAGCUUUUGUUCUUUGCCGUAUUUGGUCAAACAACAACGGAUCAGACACAGGUGGACAAGCAACCGCCCAGUAACAAAACGCAACCCUUUUGGACUGAGUACCUGUUCAAAAUAGUCUUCGGGAUUUACAUGUUGGUGUCAGUUGUUGUCUUGAUCAAUCUUUUAAUCGCUAUGAUGUCUGAUACGUACCAGAGGAUUCAGGCACAAUCCGACAUCGAGUGGAAAUUUGGUUUAUCGAAAUUGAUUCGUAACAUGCAUCGAACAACCACUGCCCCGUCGCCUCUAAACCUGAUAACCACAUGGUUCAUGUGGAUUGUCGAUAAAGUGAAGGCUCGCAUGAAGAAAAAGAAGAGACCUAGCCUGGUCCAAAUGAUGGGCAUACGACAGGCUAGUCCCCGAACAAAAGCUGGUGCCAAAUGGCUUUCAAAAAUCAAGAAAGAUUCCGUUGCUUUAUCUGUAGUUCACCUAUCACCUUUAGGCUCACAAACAAGUUUUAUGCAAUCAAAUCAAAAUAGAAUAGAAAACGUGGCAGACUGGGAGUCAAUAGCGAAGAAAUACCGUGCCUUAGUAGGUGAUGAGGAGGGUGGAUCCAUCAAGGACUCGGAUGUCGAGAGCAUGAACGCUGAGGGUUCAGCAGCAGCUCCGGCUGCAAUACAGGCCCCACCAGUGGUAGGAAAUAAUAUUCAAGCCAAUGCGAUUCAACAUCAUGUCUAAGGAAAUAUUUGAAUUCGAAUUAUCAAAUUUGAUUUUUAGCUAACAUUUGUGUAGAUUAUGACUAAAGAAAUUGUAUAUUUUAAACUGAAACAGACGUAAUGGAAUAUUUUAAUAAAAUGUAGAUAAAUAUCUGAAUGUGAAGUUGAAUGUAAUUAAUUAACAAAAAAAAAGUUUUUGAUCACUUGUAAUAGAUAAGGAGGAGUAAAAACUAACUAGCAUUUUUGGCAAUUAAACAACAAUAAAAUUUUUGUAC